CAAGCCCUCACAGGGAUGAUGCUCCUCUUUGCCUUCCUCCUCUUCAUGGGAUUGCCACUGGGCUUCGUCGAGCCCUGGACCUUUAACGUACAAUGCCAUGAGUGUAUCGUGAAAAACACCUUCCAUUGUCCAGUUAAGAGAACGUGUCCUUAUCAUAUUAGGCGCUGUUUUACUGUCUCCAUGCGUUUGAAUUCUCGGGAAAUACUCGUUUACAAGAACUGUACAUUUAACUGUACAUUUCUGUAUAGAGCCCAAGAGCCUCAGGAAACCCCCAGAAGAAAGACGACUCAUAGAUUUAACAGUUUCUAUUGGGUUAAUUGUUGUGGUUCGAACAUGUGCAAUUUUGGAGGACCUACUAAUCUGGAGAGGGACAUCACAGUCGAUUAUCCACUUGAAGAGGAUAUCGAAGGAAAUGCGCAAUUGGUGCAGUCCACUGUGUUCCUAAGCAUUGUCUCCAUCCUAGUCAGGAACACACUGAUGUGAGAGGCCUCCUUUGGAGGGGCUGACUAUCUCCCCAUCUCUCCCAAGGCAGCUGUCCUUUACUGUCUUGUGAGCCAGACACUGACCCCUGGAGCCCCUAGUUGAUGAGU